AUGUCUGACCACAGCAACCUUCACUCAGCCCUGCUGACCCCUUCGGCUAUGCUGGCCCCCCAACCCGGGCUACUGCCCGCGGCCGAGGUAUACCCCGCGACCCAGAUUUCCUCAUCAACCUCCCCCUUCCCACCAGUUUACGUCCAGCAACCAGCAAUUCUCCCAGAUGACCGACCCGAGCCCAUCCCCAUUAAGCAAUACCGAUUCGACACCCUCCCACUCUACAACCCCAACGAUCGCCGGUCACCCGCCGAGCAAUGGCGAAUGCUACCCCGUCCCAUUGAAAUCAAGCGUCGCAUGACCUACAAGCUAAGCUUCGGGAACGCCAUCUUGCUAUAUUCUUGGAUCAAGAGGCUCUCCACGUCGGCGAGUACAUCAAACAUGUAUCACGACGCUUCGCAAAAGGAGGAGAGCCUAAAGACCGGAUCCACUACGCGCAAGAUUGCGUCAAGUUUCAACAGGAGCUUAGAGAAGGAGAAGGCGAGGCUCCGUCCUAUGGUUCUUGCUGAAAUGCAAAUGAAGGACUGUUGCUUCUCGUGCCUGGUGCAUAUUAGGGGAAAGCCCUGCCAUCACCCAUACCCCCAGCGUCCGACGGGAGCGGUGAAUUGGCAGGGUGGAGUCCAAAAUGGACACGGACAGAGACUCAACCAUGUCCAGAAAGGACAAAGCAGCACGGCAAGAUCUGGAGCACAACAACCCACUCCACAAGCCACACCCGCCAUAAGAACAGUCGGGAGCAUAAGUGACGUUGCAAAGAACCUGCUCACUUGGUGGGAUCGAAGAGAAUUUGAUUUGCUUGCCCAGAUCUCCGCCGUUGCAUUUCAUGGCAUCAUCGCCAGCGGGCGUCAAGAAACUCAAGAUCUAGAGCAAGUAUUGUUAUGGAUCGAUGACUUUGUCAUAAAAGCAAAGCACCGGUUCGACGAGAUCCGGUCUCUUUCGUCGGACUUUUGCACUGCCGUGCUCAGUUCCAACGGUAAUACAAGAGCCCAAGCCCCAAGCCCAUGCUUAAACUCCCUUGGGGCCAUCAAAAGCCUCACAUGGGCCCUCAUAGAACGCCUAAUGAUCGGCCUUCUCAGAAUUUUGGUCCCCUUGUUUACCAUCGACUCAGACAUGGGCACAACAGAAGCGUUGCUAAUGCUUCGCAUCGAGGGGUGUAAGCGGGGUUGGAUCCCCUUCCUCACGGAGGUGUUGAGGGUUGCUUUUGGUGGGAAGGAUGGGGACGAGUGCAAGUAUCUUUGCACUCGUGCUCAGAACCGAGGGUUGUGGGACUUUUGGAGGGAGGUACUGACGGGGAAUCGGUGGGCAAUUGAUGCGAUUGCGGAUCCGAGAACUGUCCCCAACGGGCUCAGUACCUCUAGCCUCAAGGUUUAUUUGAUGCCUAUGGGGUGGGAUGGAAAGGGGUGGGAAGAAUUGCCGUCUUCGCUCACCAACGGGAAGCAUGCGUGGUUCCGGAGGCAUGGCGUCUUUCGGAUGAUGUGUGAAAUGCACCAGAAAAUCCAGAAGGUCACGUUGGAAAGCCGGCGAAGAGAAAUUCAAGGGAGCCAGCAGUCGGGUGGCUCUUCUAGCAACCACAACAACAGCAACAGCCGCCCUCCUCCUUCUUGGCCCAACUUGUCUCAAACGAACACCAUGGCGAACGCUGUCAACUACGGCCAGCAACCAGAGCAAGAUGGAAUUGUCUAUGGGGGUAUGCACGCUUCGCCUCCGGGUGUUCUGUCAAACGGGCACAACUCUCAUCUCACUCCGGCCAAUGGGUACGGCCACGCAAGUGGAAGUGGAAGUCAGAAAAGACGUCGAAAGGAAGUUCAAAAAACUGUUGCAUCAGCACCCGCCGCCAAACGGGCGAAAAGCUUCCAUACUCCGGCCACCUCCCAUACUCCGGCCACCUUCCAUACCUUCCAUCCUUCGGCCACCUCCCAUAAUUCGGCCACCUUCCAUACUCCGGCCACCCUCCAUACUCCGGCCACCUUCCAUACCUUCCAUCCUUCGGCCACCUCCCAUGAUUCGGCCAUCGCCCAUAAUCCGGCCACCCUCCAUACUCCGGCCACCCUCCAUACUCCGGCCACCUUCCAUACCUUCCAUCCUUCGGCCACCUCCCAUAAUCCGGCCACCCUCCAUACUCCGGCCACCCUCCAUACUCCGGCCACCUUCCAUACCUUCCAUCCUUCGGCCACCUCCCAUAAUCCGGCCAUCGCCCAUAAUCCGGCCACCCUCCAUACUCCGGCCACCCUCCAUACUCCGGCCACCUUCCAUGCCUUCCAUCCUUCGGCCACCUCCCAUAAUUCGGCCACCUCCCAUACUCCAGCCACCUUCCAUAAUCCGGCCCAUAGUAACGUCCAUGCAAGUGGAAGUGGAAGUCAGAAAAGACGUCGAGAGGAAGGCGGACAAGAAGCAUGUGCACCAGCACCCGCCGCCAAACGGAUGAAACGCUUCCCCAAUCGAGGCUAAUAGCGGCCCAUGGAAAAAGUCGGAAAGGGCAUCUACUCUUGAUUGAAUAAUUAGUGUCAGUGACUGGCGCUUUCGUGUUGGUCACGGAAUGGUCUCCAACUAUGUCCUGGCUCCUAGUAGAGGACAAGGACGUAAACUAACUAAAGCUACCUUACUAACAUUUUUAAGGACGGUUUCUCACCAUCAUUUCAACUUUGAUCCGAAUAGCAACUAUCUUUGAAUACCGAGGGGAAGUCAGAACAGCGACGGCACGGGGCCGACAGGGCGCUGCUGCGACAACGAAGCGGAGGGUUUUCACCCAGCUACGGCACGGUUUUUCCCACCGACUACCAGUAAGAAGAGAAGCGGCACCGCAUACC